CACUAGUCUAGACAUUUUAGAAAGAGGAAGAUCCAAGGUUUGAAGUCCCUGCUCCAUGCUCCACCCCUGGUGUUCCUAUUUUCCAGGUCUUUGUCCCCGGAACUUGCGCUCAUUCCUGGGUGUCCACUAGGGUUUUCUGCUCGCAUCUGGAUCCCGGUACGAAUAGCAUACAGUCCAGUGUCCUGUCCUACAGAAACCACGGCCUCCUCAAGUUUGGAAAGAAAGCAAGAAAAGAAAGGAAGAAAGAAAGAAGAAAAACACCUUUUCGGCAACUUUGUACCGUCUACUCUCCUCCCGUGGUUUAUACUUUCGUCGAAGCUGUGAAGCAGCAGUGCGAUUCAGAGAUUCUUGCCUGCAGUUGAAAAAAAGUUUUUACAUGUUUUAAAACAGUUUUUGUCGCUUCUUCGUGUUGGAACUCGACGUUUAGCACACAUAUCCGAGCUUUUAAACGGACGACGUUUGUGCAGUGUUCAAGGCUACUUUCGGUGUUUUUUUUCUCCCUCAAAGUUGUUUCAGAGGUUGCCUCAGAGCUGCUGUGAAUGAAGUAUCUGUUGAGCUGAAGAAAUCAGCGCGUCUCCAUGAGGAAACUCAGCGUGGGAGUCGCUGAAACUUUGUCCUAGCCUACACACACCUGAGCGAUUAUAUAUAUUUUUUUCUUUGCUCUUUGUGCUGGUAACUUCGUAGUUUCUUGUUUUUAACUGACACAAAAUGAAGACGCUGUUGGUGCUGUGUGUAGUUUGCACGCUGGUUGUGUUGUCUGUGUCGGGGACUGCGGAGCAAAAGUCGAAAAACUGCAACGAAGUUCGCGCUGCUUACAGCUCCAAAGGCUUCAACGUCAACGAUGUUCCCAACAAAGGAGUCAACGGAGCUCCCUUGAAAGUGUGUCCGCAGGGUUUCUCCUGCUGCACAGUGGAGAUGGAGGAGAAGCUGAGCCAACAGAGCCACACGGAGAUCAAAGCUCCCGUCUCCAGGCUUAGCACCAACCUACAAUCCACCUUCAAACAGAGGCACGACCACUUUGACAAGUUUUUCCGUGAGCUUUUGAAAAAUGCAGAGGUGUCGCUGCACAGCAUGUUUGUGCGAACAUAUGGGGUGAUGUACGUGCAGAACGCAGAACUGUUCAAGAACUUCUUCGAGGCCCUGACUCGGUACUACGUGUCUGGCAGCGCUGCUGUCAACCUGGACUCCAUGCUGUCGGACUUCUGGGCCGACCUCCUGGAGAGGAUGUUCCGGCUGGUCAACGUGCAGUACGAAUUCAGUGACGCCUACAUGGAGUGCGUCAGCCAGCACACGGAUCAGCUGCAGCCCUUCGGCGAUGUGCCUCGCAAACUCCGCAUCCAACUGACACGGGCCUUUGUUGCUGCACGCACCUUUGUGCGUGGCCUGACACUAAUGCCUGAGGUGGUCAAUAAAGUUUCUACGGUCAGUGCGUCUCCCAGCUGUGUGCGAGCGGCCAUGAAGAUGUUGUACUGUCCCUACUGCUCGGGCCAAGUGGCCCUGAAACCCUGCCAGAAUUACUGUCUGAAUGUGAUGCGUGGGUGUCUGGCCAACCAGGCCGACUUGGACACAGAAUGGAACAACUUCCUCGAUGCCAUGCUCAGUCUAGCUGAGAGGCUCGAAGGUCCCUUUAAUUUUGAGUCCGUCAUGGAUCCCAUUGACGUGAAGAUUUCAGAGGCCAUCAUGAACAUGCAGGAGAACAGCAUGCAAGUGUCACAGAAAGUUUUCCAAGGAUGUGGGCAGCCUAAACCAAGCGCGGCCUUCCGUUCCAGGCGUUCUGUCAAAGACCCAGGCUUUACCGGCCGCUUCCGCCCUUACAGUCCUGAUGCUAGGCCCACUACCGCUGCCGGGACCAGUUUAGAUCGAUUGACUAAUGAUGUGAAGAAGAAGCUGAAACAUGCAAAGAAGUUCUGGUCCACAUUACCAGAGACGGUGUGUGCAGGUGAGAGGAUUGCACCUGGGGAUGAGUGCUGGAAUGGAACAGCGAAAAGCAGGUACGAGUCAGUUGUCAUUGGCAAUGGACUGGCCAAUCAGGUGUCAAACCCUGACGUGGAUGUGGACAUAACAAAGCCAGACAUUGUGAUUCGCAGUCAGAUUGCAGUUUUGAAGGAAAUGACGAGCUGGCUCAAAGCUGCGCACAGUGGAAAUGACAUCUCUAUUGAAAACGAUGAGGAUGGCAGUGGAGGAGAGGAGAGCGGCAGCGGUUGCGACUCUCCAUCCUGUGACACAGACCGGGACAUCUACUUCUCCACUCCACCGAAUCCCCAGGUUAAGCAAGUGGGCAGUAGUCCAUCAGCUGGGGUUGCCUCACAGGGAAGCAUGGCGCUGGCGCUCUGCGGGCUAGCCCUGGCUCUGCUUGCUCCCCACUUGAGAUAAAACUGGCUGGACAGGGAGAGGAAGAGAGCGACCAGGAAUGACGGAGCGAAGGGGGAAACUGUCAGAGAGACUUUUAAAAGACUGCCUUCAGGACCUUGGACUGUCCGCCAUUGGGGGGUGGGAGAGGGGGGGUGGGGGGGGGAAACUCUUCUUAAUAUUACAAUAACUUCACUUUUAAUUAUUUGUUUGUAUGUUUUUAAGGACAUCAGUGUACAGCAAUAUGAUUUUCUUACAAGACAUCCACCGUUUUUCCCCCAGAUAAACCUUACUCCUUAUGACUCUUUUGGAGCUACACUAUGGUUCUGCUUGCAGCAUUACAAACAUUGUAAUUGUCUCAUUUUGGCAAUCUCAUAAUUCAUUUUUGUGCCUUCUUCAAUGAUUGCCAUCUGAUAACUAAAUAGUAAGCAAACAUUGAGUGCCUGUGGUGCGAGAUAACUUCAUAUUUCUGAGGAUGUUCUUUCCAUUAUUCAGAGAUCAACAAAUCAUGUAAUGUUGUUAUGAAUGUUAACAAUUUAUAACAAUAAUUUUUGCACAUUACAAAUGUGCAUACUGUGAAUGUUUGUGUCUGUGCGUUUAUACAUUUACAUAUAUCGGCCAGUCAGAAAUUAUGAAGCUAGCAGUUGAUCUCAUCUAAGGAAUAGUUUGAGCUUUUGUUCACUUUGCUUUGGAGUGACGGUAAAAAUCUUCACAGCUCAUCUCUCAGAAAUGCAGUGAGAGAAAAUACAGCACAGGUAUUUAUGUUUGACCUGGAGAUGGAAUUAUUCUUUAGAGGAGCUUUUGGGGCCAUCUGCGAGCCCAAACAUGCAUAUUGUAUAUGUCUGCUAUGAGCAUUAUCACAACCUAACUUUUAAUUUCCUCAUUCAUUUUUAAUUUAAUUUCCUCAGCUUAAACAGUUCAAUAGUAAGGUCAUACCUCAUGCAUGCUCUCAUUGUCAAUGCAAUCUAGUGAUGUUGAGUUGAAAGUGUCUGAUAAGAGUUGAGAUGUGGCUGGCAUCCUGGUGAAAGGUGACUGGCGUGGAAGAGGAAGGACUCCCCUGGCAUUACCCCUAAAGAAGGCAAAGCUGACAAGUCCUGAAUGCCCUUUUUUUGGUACUGUAAGCUCAGUUCAGCGCAGAGGAUCUGACUUUAUACAGUCUUACUUUGUUUGAAAAGAAAAGGUGGCAACAUGUAUGUUCAGAGUGUUUCACAUUAAACUAGAGAACAGGAACAAAAGACAGUGCUUUGAUCAAAAGAAAUCAAGAAAAGAUUAUUUUAAUACAGGGUUUUAUGUUGAAGAGGUGUUGUAAUUUUUAGCUAUUUUUGGUAUGAAGAUAUAUAUUAGGUACUACAGUGGAUUUUACUGCUAGGUUUAGGUGGUGGAAGAGGACAAUGUGCACAGAUAUUGGGGGCACUUUUGGUAAGUGUGCACAGUUUUUGUGUGCUCGUUUUGCCCUCAUCCCCCGUCCCACAAUACACACUUGUACCUCUUAAAUGGCCUGUGUCAGUAUAAAUGGACUCAUCCUGAACCAUUUGAUCUACCUAUCCUCAUCCUCACGUUCUCAUCAUGUCAACUUGAGGUGGAAUGUUGAAGUAUUGUCACAAGUGCUACCAAAAUUAAUGCAACGUAUGGUGCCUGAUCUUUUUCUUUUAGCCUUGGUACAUUUUUAGCUACUUCUAAAGGUUAAAAAAAAAAAGAAUGUAGAUGUUGAUGAUUUGUAUCUAUUAUCUGCUCAGUUUCCCUGAAGGGUGUUUGAGUAUAUUGUUACCAGCUGACAAGCACAACAUAAGACUUUCUAUAUCUUCUAAUUUGAUGAUCGGGUCUGUAAGUUGCUGUAAGUGGCCAUUUCAUCUCUAAAAUGAUGCUGCCUCAUGUAGCUUUUGUACAGUAACUUACGCAUGUAUUUUAAUGUCGUUGCAAACAUGCUUUUAGAAUUGACAGAUUAUCCAAAAUACAGUAUUCAGAAUGUUUUGAUAUGCAAAGCUUGUUGAAAAUAAUGAAUUUCUCAAAGUAAUUGAUCAGAUUUGGCAGGUUUAAAUAUGCAUUUUGUAAAAACUGAAAAUGGAUUUGUAUGUUUCACAUUUGUCUUCAGGACUGAAACAGUUGGCUGCAGUUUAGACAGAUGGUAAACAACCUUUUUGCCUCUUGUUUGGCUUUGAAAUUACAGGUUGAAAAAAAGUGACGUUCCCAAUGAAGAGACAUGGAACCGUCAACGAGGACAUCAAUGUUAAGAAUCUGACUUUGAAGGAUUUUAUGAAACAUCUAAGCAACCCAUAUAAAAUACUGAAGCCGUAAUUUUAAAUAAUGAAGCUGUGCUUCAGCAGCUUGAUUUGGCAUUACUUCUGCAUGAAACCGGUUCAAUUCUCCUGAUUUUUGUGUUCCACAAACAUUUCAACAAGGGCUUGUGCAUGUGUUCGUGUCAUGUGGAAGAGUUGUGUCGAGUGUGAAGAAACCCAACUUUCUGAGAGUCCGAGGAAAUGUUUUGGGUGAUGAUGGUAAAUGUCUGUGCUUGCGGGCCAGGGCUGCAACAUUUUACGGCUGGCAGGAGUUGGUCCAGCUGCUGGAUUUUGUUCAUUCGAUCCACAGAGCAACUUCAGUCUAGUGAAUUAAAAGUUGAGUUGGACAGGUGCUGAAAUCCUUCCAUCAGCCUUUGGCCCACAAGAACAGAAAGGACUCAUUUUCUAAGGAGAGACUGAGUGACUGACUGAAAAAAAAAAAAUCAAAUUUGUAAAUAAAGAGCAGCCGUUUUAGAAGUCUCUAAAAGAGGCCGUAACAGUACACCAGAUUUUUACUUGUCAGAGUAUCUCCUAAAUGUUAUGGAAAAACAAGAUGAGAUAGAUGUUAAAUUGUAAGAGAAAAUGUAUAUUAAACAACAUUUCUUAGUCUUGUUGAAAUAAAGACUGCCAAUAUUUAAA